GGAGUGACCUCCCUUAGGAACGUGUUGCUAAGCGGGUGUUUUUGCUCCCAGAGCUUCAGCCUCCCAGGGAGCAGCCCUGGGUCCGCCCCAACGCUCAGCCUUUCCCUUUGGACUCUUUCAGAAGAUUCGACAGCAAGACUCCGUCUCUCCCCACUUUCCUUUCAUCCCAGGAAGCGGAAUCUGCAAAGCACUUUGUAAAGUUGCUUAAGGAGCAGACACUGCAGCCAAAAUGAAUCCCAAGGAAGAAAAAGUGAAAAUAAUCACAGAGGAGUUCGAUGAAAAUGAUGAGGAUACAGGUGUGGGAAGCCAGAAGAAGACCUCAAAGAUGGCAAGACAGAAAAGGAAGAAACGGCUGCCCGCCGCUGGCCCCGAGGAAAUGGUGUCUGAAAAUCCCCACCUAGGCAACCAGCCGGAGCCCCUGCAGGAAGAUUCUGACACUCGCCCCCUGAGCAUGACCACCCGUCGAGGCCCCCGGAGCUUACCUCCAAUUCCUUCAGCUUCCAGAACGGGCUUUGCAGAAUUUUCCAUGAGGGAACGCAUGAGGGAGAAACUGCAGGCUGCCAGGUCCAAAGCAGAAAGCACGCUGCUGCAGGAAAUCCCCACCCCUCGGCCCAGGCGCUUACAGAGUCCCGGUGAGAAAGAACUGGAGACCGAAUUUGGCGCGGAGCCAGGGGAGGAGGCACAAAAGACUCAACAAGAAGAUGAUUCCCAAAGUCGCUCGAGAGUAAAGUUUCGUGAUUCUGUACGAAAAAUCAAGACUAAACCCCCGGUCCCACCUGGCUUCCCUUCUGCCGAAGAAGCCUAUAACUUCUUCACUUUCAACUUUGAUCCUGAACCGGAGGAAUCAGAGGAAAAACCAAAAGCAAAAAAUAGAGAUGGAACUACCCAAGAGGAGGAGGAAGGAGAGGAAGAAGAGCCACCUGUGCAGGGAAUCCACAAAACGGAUGAACAAUUGCUGAUUAGUGCUACAGAGGCCGAGGCUUUUCUGUGGGGCUUAGAUCACGCAGCUGCGGAUUUUGUGGCAGUCAGACCUGCAGAUUAUGAAAGCGCCCACGUCCGACUACAGAUGGAAAAAGAACUCCUGUUCGUGCCCAGCAGGCUGACAGUGCCUACGUAUAAAAAGCUUCCCGAGAACGUACAGCCCAGAUAUCUGGAAGAUGAAGGCCUGUACAUCGGCACAAGACCGGACGUGCCUCGCACCUGUCAGAACAUCAUGGAGAACAGGUUGCUGACACAGGAACCUGGAAGAAGGUGGUUCGGAGACGAUGGGCGAAUCGUAGCACUGCCAAACCCCAUCAAGCCAUUUCCUUCAAGACCACCGGUGUUGACACAGGAGCAAGACUUCAGGGCAGAACUUGAAACAUUGUAUAAAAAGGCGGUAAAAUAUGUCCACAGAAGUCAGCACAUGAUUGGGUCUGGAGACUCCCCGGGAAAUUUCCAACUGGACAUUGAUAUUUCAGGGUUAAUCUUCACUCAUCAUCCCUGUUUCAGCCGCGAGCAUGUUUUGGCAGCCAAGCUGGCCCAGUUAUAUGACCAGUACCUGGCAAGACACCAGAGAAACAAGGCAAAAUUUCUUACUGACAAGCUCCAAGCUCUAAGAAAUGCUGUCCAGACAGGACUUAACCCAGCAAAAACUCAUAAGUCUCUUGAUACGACCCAAAAAACUAUCAAUGAGUAUAAAUCUGAAAUUCGGCAAACAAGAAAACUGCGUGACGCUGAACAAGAAAAAGAUCGAAUGUUGCUUAAAACCAUCAUAAAAGUUUGGAAGGAGAUGAAAUCCCUUCGAGAAUUUCAGAGGUUUACAAAUACACCCUUGAAACUUGUUUUGAGAAAGGAAAAGGUUGACCAGAAAGCAGACGAAGAAGCAUACGAAGCAGAAAUUCAAGCCGAAAUAAGCGAGUUGUUGGAAGAACACAUGGAAGAGCAUGAGCAGAAGAUGGAAGCGUACAGAGCCGCGUACCAGCAGUGGAAAGCCUGGAAGAAAGCCCAGAGGGCCAAGAAGAAGAAAAAGAAGCAAGCAGUCGAAGAGCAUCCCGAAGAGGAGAUGGGGGAGCCGUAUCCUGAGGAGGAUCUGGUGAAACCGGUCCCCCCGGAGCCCACUGAUCGGGCCCUGAUGGAGCACCAGGUGAGGGAGAGGGCAGCCCGGAGCAGGAGAAGGCCUGGGGAGCCGCUGCUGGUCCCGGAGCUGAGCCUGGCAGGGAGCGUCACACCCAACGAGCAGUGUCCCAGGGUGGAGGUCUUGCGAAGGGAGGACGUCAAGAGACGCUCAAUAUAUCUAAAGGUGAUCUUCAACGACAAAGAAGUGUCCAGGACCGACAGUCGGCCCCUCGGGGCAGACUUCCGAGUUCACUUUGGACAGAUUUUCAAUCUGCAAAUAUUCAACUGGCCGGAGAGUUUGACACUGCAGGUAUACGAAACAGUUGGACACAGUGGCACCACUUUGCUGGCAGAAGUGUUUCUGCCUAUUCCUGAAACGACCAUUGUCACUGGAAGGGCUCCCAUUGAAGAAGUGGAGUUUAGCAGUAACCAGCACGUGACCCUGGACCACGAGGGUGUUGGAAGCGGAAUGCCCUUCUCAUUUGAAGCCGAUGGUAGCAAUCAACUGAUUCUCAUGACCUCGGGGAAAGUGUCCAACAGCGUGGCAUGGGCCAUUGGAGAAAAUGGGAUCCCUUUGAUUCCUCCACUGUCACAGCAGAACAUUGGAUUUAGAAGUGCUUUGAAGAGAGCAGAUGCCAUCUCGUCCAUUGGCACAUCGGGACUGACAGACUUGAAAAAGUUGGCCAAGUGGGCAGCAGAGUCCAAGCUCGACCCGAAUGACCCCAACAAUGCCCCUUUGAUGCAGCUAAUCUCGGUUGCUACUAGCGGUGAAUCCUACGUCCCUGAUUUCUUUCGACUGGAACAGCUGCAGCAAGAAUUUAACUUUGUUUCAGAUGAGGAGUUAAAUAGAUCCAAACGAUUCCGGCUUCUUUGUCUUAGAAGCCAAGAGGUGCCAGAAUUCCGAAAUUACAAGCAAAUUCCAGCAUAUGACCGGGAAAUUAUGGAAAAGGUAUUCCAGGACUAUGAGAAACGGUUACGAGACAGAAAUGUAAUUGAAACCAAGGACCACAUAGAUCCCCAUAGGGCCAUGGUAGCCAAGUACCUCCAACAGGUUAGAGAAUCAGUGAUCAAUCGUUUCCUAAUUGCAAAACACCAUUUUCUUCUUUCGGAUUUGAUAGUAGAAGAAGAAGUUCCCAAUAUCAGUUCUGAAGGCUCAGGCAUUUUGGGGCUAAGCCUUUUCAAGCUGGCAGAACAAAAGCGACCACUGAGGCCAAGGAGAAAAGGCCGGAAGAAGGUGACGGCCCAGAACCUGUCCGAUGGAGACAUAAAGGUGCUGGUGAACAUUAUCCGGGCUUAUGACAUUCCUGUGAGGAAGCCGACAGCAAGCAAAUUCCAGCAGCCAUCAAGGUCUUCAAGGACUUUCAGCGAAAAGCAUGCUGCCUCCCCAACCACACACAGCCCGACCCACAGUGCUGACUACCCCCUCGGCCAGGUUUUAGUACGUCCUUUUGUAGAAGUUUCUUUUCAACGAACGAUUUGCCACACAACUACAGCUGAAGGACCAAACCCCAGCUGGAAUGAAGAACUUGAACUUCCAUUUAGGGCCCCCAAUGGAGACUACAGCACAAGCAGUUUGCAGUCAGUGAAAGAUGACGUGUUCAUUAACAUUUUUGAUGAAGUGCUCUAUGAUGUCCUGGAGGAUGACCGUGAAAGAGGAAGUGGAAUCCACACCCGUAUUGAGAGACACUGGUUGGGAUGCGUGAAGAUUCCAUUUAGCACGAUAUAUUUCCAAGCCAAGAUUGAUGGGACAUUUAAAAUAGACAUUCCCCCCGUUCUCCUGGGCUACAGCAAGGAACGGAGCAUGAUUAUCGAGCGGGGUUUUGACUCCGUGCGAAGCCUGAGUGAAGGCUCCUACAUCACCCUGUUCAUCACCAUGGAGCCUCAGCUGGUUCCCGGGGAGUCGGUUCGAGAAAAGAUGAGUGACGUACUUAAAAAGUUUGAUUCUCAGGAAGAUGAGAAAUUGCUACAAGCAACGGAGAAGUUUCAAGCUGAAUGUGCCUUAAAGUUUCCACAUCGUCAAUGCCUCACGACAGUGACUGACAUAAGUGGAAAAACCGUCUUUAUCACUCGUUACCUCAAGCCAUUAAACCCUCCACAGGAGCUCUUGGAGGCCUGCCCCAACAACCCACAAGCAACGGCAGAACUGGUGGCCCGAUAUGUGUCAUUGAUUCCUUUCUUGCCUGACACUGUUUCAUUUGCUGGCAUCUGUGACCUGUGGAGCACAUCUGACCAAUUUCUUGAUCUCCUGGCAGGAGACGAAGAGGAGCAUGCGGUUUUACUAUGUAAUUAUUUUCUCUCCCUGGGUAAAAAGGCCUGGCUGGUGAUGGGCAGUGCUAUUCCUGAGGGUCCAACUGCCUAUGUUCUAACUCGGGAGCAAAGUCACUAUUUAAUAUGGAAUCCCUGCAGUGGACAUUUUUAUGGACAAUUCGAUACAUUCUGUCCCUUAAAAAGUGUGGGCUGUUUAAUAGGUCCCGAUAAUAUUUGGUUUAAUAUUCAACGACAUGACUCUCCACUACGGAUAAAUUUUGAUGUCACCAAGCCCAAGCUAUGGAAGUCUUUCUUUUCAAGAAAUCUUCUAUAUCCUGGCCUUUCCAGUGUUCAGCCAGAAGAACUAAUUUACCAGCGCACAGACAAAGCGGCCGCAGCUGAGCUACAAGACAGGAUUGAAAAAAUACUCAAAGAGAAAAUCAUGGACUGGCGGCCACGGCAUCUGACCAGGUGGAACAGGUACUGCACCUCCGCGCUACGACACUUCCUGCCUCUGUUAGAGAGAAGCAGAGGAGAGGACGUGGAAGACGACCACAGAGGAGAGCUGCUCAAGCAGCUGGGAGACUACCGGUUCUCUGGAUUUCCCCUUCACAUGCCCUAUUCUGAACUGAAGCCUUUAAUUGAAGCAGUAUAUAGCACUGGAGUACAUAAUAUUGAUGUUCCUAAUGUUGAAUUUGCUUUAGCUGUAUAUAUCCACCCAUACCCCAAAAAUGUUUUGUCUGUUUGGAUCUAUGUUGCCUCUCUCAUACGCAACAGGUAACUUUUUUCAUCGUAUACUUUUUAUAUCAUGUAGAAACUAUUUCCUAGGACAAUAAUCUUAAGUGAUAUUGAUCACAUCAGAAGGAAAAAAUUAUUUGUAAAUAAUGAAAUAAAAUGAUCGUUUUCAAAAUAAGUGUUUUUAUUUAGUA